AUGCAGCAGCACCCCAUGAAUCCACUGCAGCAGCAGCAGAUGCAGCAGCAGCAGAUGCAGCACUUUUGGCAAAUGCAGCAAAUGUACCUGAUGCAGUGGCAGCAGCAGCACCACAUGCAGCAGCAGCAGCAGCAGCCAGGCGCAGCAGCAGCUUCUCCAGUUCAGGAUGGGGCUAAAGAGACAAAAGAAACAAAAUGGACAGCACCAGCAGAGCUGCAGCAGCUGCUGCAGCGGAUUGAUGCAGCAGCAGCAGCAAUUGGGGACUUCGAUGACUGGGAGGCUUCCGACGAGGAGCAGCAGCAGCAGCAGCAGCAGCAGCACCUUUCUGUUUUGGAUGAAGCAGAAACAAAAAAAAUGAAACUUUUAAAAGCCGACGCCGCCACUGCCUUCACGUGCGCCACUUCGGGUGUACAGACAGCGCAGUCCGGUGUAUACGCAGCUGUUCGGGUGUAUACAGCAGCAGCGGCAGCAAGCGAUGAAGACUCUUCUGAAGAUGAUUCCUCAGAAGAAGCAAAUAAAGAAUUGAUUUAUUUAAAAGAUUUGGAAAGAAGAAUGGAAGCUUUCAAAGAAAUGCUGCGCGAAGAAAACUUCGGCCCUUUUGCUGUUUACGAAAAGUGUUUGCCGCGGCUAGUAUACCAGCCGCGCUUCAGCGCAAUAACAGCAGAUCAGCGGAAAAGACUUUUUGACCGCUGCAUCAAAGAGCUGGCAGCAGAAAGCAGAAAAGGCCAAAAAGAACACAUUGAGGCGCUGCGGCAGCUUUUGGACGAAGCGAAGGCUCAGGGACAUGUGCAUUCCUCUUCAACUGUAGAAACACUCGAGAGAAGAUUCGGCAAAGACCCCCGCUGGCAAGGGGGGACUGUCCCCUCGGGGGAAUGGGCUGCAAUAAGAAGAAGACUAGUUGAGGAGACAGUCGAAAAAAGAAGACAAGACAAAUCCCAAGCUCGCGAAGAAAUCAAAAGACAAUUCAAAAAAUUCGCCAA